AAGUUAUUGCCUAUUUUUGGACAGCAGAAAACAUUGUGGUUUUGCGUCAUUUAACUCCUUGAAUGCCACACAAGACACCAAACGGUGAAUUAUGGUACAAAAUAGUACAGUACUAGCCAGGUGAACUAUGUAAGGUGACUACAAAUAAUAUGAAUCUAAAUGUAUUAAGUCAUUACUGCCACACACACAAAUAUUCAUCAUGUAGUACAGCAAAGACCUUAAGUCAGCUAAAGGCUGCGGCAUCAUGCUAGUGCGUUUAAUUAUCUGAGGUUCAUUUAACAAACACGCUUCCGCCCCCAGUGUUACCAUGCGUCAAUCACUUCCGCCCGAAUAAACAGCGCACAGAAUCCAUUCCGAAAGGAACAAGUUUCUAAAAUGAAUGGUUCCAUUAUCCAUAGUCACGUAUCCACCCCACAGUAGGGAGCGCGCAUAUCACACUCAGCAGAUCAUCUCUUGAGAUAAUGAAUUAGCAACAGGCCCCGCCCAGAGAUCACGUGAUCUGUCGUUUACAUACUGGUCCUCUGGAACUUGAGGAGCAUAUUGACAGCAGCAGCAGGAAAGGUGAGUGAGAGAAUGCCAUCCGCUUGGGUAUCUGCCGUUGGAUUCACCCUCCUCCCUCAUGUUGGGGGGUUACUUGGAGGACUAAUAACAAGGAAGGAAGUUAAGACCUGGUACAAGACACUGGUGAAACCAGACUGGCGCCCACCAAACUGGAUGUUCGGUCCUGUAUGGACAACUUUAUAUACAUCUAUGGGUUAUGGUUCAUAUCUGAUCUGGAAAGAACUGGGAGGAUUUACAGAUGAUGCUGUCGUCCCCCUAGGAUUGUAUGCAGGGCAGCUGGCACUUAAUUGGGCAUGGACGCCUUUAUUCUUUGGUGCCCAUAAAAUAGGAUGGGCAUUUGCUGAAUUAGUCAUUUUGACGGGCACAGCUGCCGCUACGACUAUAUCCUGGUAUCCAAUUAACAGGACAGCAGCGUACCUGAUGUUCCCGUACCUGGCUUGGCUAUCGUUGGCCUCUGCUCUUAACUACUGUGUCUGGCGGGAUAAUAAAGACAAGAGUGAAUAAGAACUUUCAUUUUUUUAUGUGCACUGAACAAAAGUUGAAGUAUAUUUUUACAUAUAACAAAUUUUGAAAUAAACCUUUUAUAUAAUUUUGUACACAAACUUGUGUAUUGCUAAGUAUGAAAAAUAGCAGUUGCAGCUUUUGUCUUUUCUAUGUUAAAAUAUACACCACCAUUUUUUAUUUUAAAUAUUUGAAUAAAUCAAAUUUAUAUCUUU